AUGGAACCUCCAAAACAAAUAGCGGUUACAGCACCAGCGCCACCACCUAUGGUGGUGAUGCUACCGUCACCAGGCAUGGGACAUCUCAUCCCGAUGAUUGAAUUCGCCAAACGAAUUCCUCUUCACCAAAACCUCCACAUCACCUUCCUCAUCCCUAACGAAGGCCCUCCUUCCAAAGCACAAAUCACCGUUCUCCAAUCUCUUCCAAGUUCCAUUUCACACACUUUCCUUCCACCCGUUUCAUUCUCCGAUCUUCCAUCAACCACUAAGGUUGAAACAAUCAUCUCCCUCACUGUCCUCCGUUCUCUCCCUUCUCUCCGCCAAACCAUCCACUCACUCUCCGUUUCUCAUACUAUCACCGCCCUUCUCGUCGAUCUUUUUGCCACCGACGCUUUCAACGUCGCCGACGAAUUCAACCUCCCUAAAUACGUUUUCUACCCUUCAACUGCCAUGGCUCUUUCUCUUUUUCUUUAUCUCCCACGUUUAGACCAAGAGGUUCACAGCGAGUAUAGAGAACUCACUGAACCGGUAAAAAUCCCCGGUUGUAUUCCGGUUCACGGUAAAGAUUUACUAGACCCGGUUCAAGAUCGGAAAAACGACGCUUACAGAAGUGUUCUUCGUAACGCCAAGAGAUACACCGAAGCGGAUGGGAUUAUUGAAAACAGUUUUCUUGAACUCGAACCGGGUCCAAUCAAGGAGUUACAAAAAGAUGAACCGGGGAAAGUCAAACCGGUUCUUUACCCGGUCGGACCGUUGAUUAAUAGAGAAGUACUAGCUCAAACCGGUCCAAACGGUUCAGAGUGUUUGAAGUGGUUAGAUAAUCAGCCACAUGGAAGUGUUUUAUUUGUGUCUUUUGGAAGUGGUGGGACCCUCUCUAGUAAACAGAUAAUUGAGUUAGCACUUGGUUUAGAAAAGAGUGAGCAACGGUUUUUAUGGGUAGUUAGAAGCCCAAAUGAUAAAGUUGCAAAUGCAUCUUAUUUCAGUGCUGAAACAGAUUCCGAUCCUUUUAAUUUUCUACCAAAGGGAUUUCUAGAAAGAACUAAAGGGAGGGGUUUAGUUGUUUCAUCAUGGGCUCCACAGCCACAGGUUUUGGCCCAUGGGUCGACCGGUGGGUUUUUGAGUCAUUGUGGUUGGAAUUCUGUUCUUGAGAGUGUUGUGAAUGGGGUGCCUUUGGUUGUUUGGCCACUCUAUGCUGAACAGAAAAUGAAUGCUGUUAUUUUAACUGAGGAUGUUAAGGUUGGGUUGAGACCAAAUGUUGGUGAGAGUGGUUUGAUUGAGAGACAAGAAAUUACUAGUGUUGUUAAGUGUUUGAUGGAAGGUGAAGAAGGGAAGAAGCUUCGUUAUAAAAUGAAGGAUCUUAAAGAGGCUGCUGCAAAAACUUUGGGUGAAAAUGGAACUUCCACGAACAUGAUCUCUAAGUUGGCUCUUAAGUGGAGCAAUAGCAACAGCAUUUCCACUGCGACAAAUUAA